AUGGUCAAAAGAAAACGAGAAAACGGCAACGGUACCGCCAGCACUUUGAAUGGAACAAUCAAUUCUACAGGUGACCAGGACACUGCAGCCAAGGUCACCAAAACCAACGGCCAUGUGGAUGUCAAGACCACUUCACCUGUCAUUCAAAUCGUUGUAGGUUCAUAUGAGCGAGUUCUGCAUGGCAUUACCGCAUCCAUCUCGAACCUGUCGUCACCAGUAACUCCUCCGUCCGUACAAUUUGCGGACACUUUCCUAUUCAAUGCACAUGCAUCCGCGAUCAAAUGUCUAGCACUAUCACCCUUGCCGGAACCCGGUUCCUCUGAAACCCAGGGCGUGUAUCUGGCCACCGGCGGCUCAGAUGAAAAGGUCAACGUCUUCAGCCUUGCUGCCUCGCCAGUCGCCGACAAUGAGAGACUUCCGCCUAUGCCCUCUCUGGGCAAGAACACCAUCUCAGAAAACCCCAAGAACAGAGAGCUCGGCACUCUCCUGCACCAUUCCUCGCACAUCACGGCCUUGCAUUUCCCCACGCGGUCAAAAUUGCUCUCCGGGUCAGAAGACAACACCAUCGCCGUUACCCGUCUAAAAGACUUGACAGUGGUAUCCACAAUAAAGGCACCACGACCCAAGGCCCAAGGUCAACCCAGCGGAGACACUGCACCGCCAGGCGCCACGCCGGCGGGGAUCAAUGACUUCUCCGUGCACCCUAGCAUGAAGCUCAUGUUGAGCGUCGGCCGAGGCGAGAGAUGCAUGAGGCUGUGGAACCUUGUGACUGGAAAGAAAGCCGGGGUUCUCAAUUUCGGCCGCGAGAUUCUGCAAAGUGUGCGUGAGGGCAAGUACAGCAGUGGCGAGGGCAGGCGGAUACGGUGGAAUCCUAACGGCAGUGAAUUUGCUGUUGCAUUCGAACGUGGAGGGGUGGUCUUUGGGGAAGACUCGAAACCCAAAUGCAGGGCUGUGCCAGAGCCUCUCACCAAGCUACAUCAGAUUUGCUAUCAAGGAAUACCGUCGCAAUCAGGCGGAGCGGCGCACACUACACUUCUCGCUCUUUCGACCGAAGAUGGCCGGAUACUCUUUUAUGAUACAGAAGCAAUCUCACCGCGUCCGUUGUCGAAUGGAACAAACAACAAUGACCAGACUGCCCCGGCAUCCAUUCCGGACGCCGCUCUUGUCGCAACAGUCGGCGGGAAAACUGCAGGACUCACGACGCGCAUCAAGGAUUUUGAGCUCCUCUUCCUUCCCCCUAAUGCCCAUGGCCAAAAAGACAUGGCCAUUGUGACAGCGAGCAGUGACGGGACCAUCCGUGUUAUACUCCUGUCGCUGUCUGAGGUAUUCGCCGCUCUGAAGAACAAGAAACCGGUCCAGGCUGGGAGAAUAAUCGGGGCGUAUGAGACCAGCAACAGGAUCACCUGCCUGACUGCCUUCGUCAUGUUGCCUCCAGAGCACAUCGACGAUGAGGAUGAAUUUGGAGAGGAAGAUGGGGAAUUCCGGGGAUUCGAUGGGCAAGGAGAGAGCGAGCAGAGUGAGAGUAGUAGUGAUGAAGAUUGA